AUGUCCCACAACAUCUUGAUUACCGGAGUGUCGGGCUAUUUGGGAGGGACACUCCUCGCUCGACUAUCGACCCUGCAGCUACCCGGCCUCAACAAGACCUUUGCUCUGGUCAGGACAGAUGCGCAGGGUGACGCCUGUCGACGUUAUGGUACAGAGCCACUACAGUUCGACGCAUACAACCAAGCAGCCAUCCGGAAGGCGAUCGUCGAAAACCAGAUCACAAUCGUCUACUUCCUGAUCGACUGCGACAAGUUCGAGAACCAGGAGUUCUUCAUUCAGGCACUUGCUGAAUCUAAACGUCUUACGGGGCUAGAGAGUCACUUCAUCUUCACCACCGGAACCAAGCAAUUCGGCAGCUACUGCGGUGCACCCACUGAUCGGCCCCUGCUAGACAUUGAUCCGGGAUUAUAUGAUAUACAGAAAGCACAACGCAGCGAGCAUCCAUGGGGGCAGAUCUCGGUCCAAGUGAACUGCAGCGUGAUCGAGACGGGAGAGGAGUAUGGUGUGCGAACAUACAUCUUCUCUCCUUGUAUGGUUUACGGAAAGGGAGAAGGAUUCGGAAACCAAAUCUCCAUCCAGGUGGUUGAUAUUGUUCGGGCCGCGAAAGCCGCGGGCCGUGUCUAUGUAGUCGAAUCCGAGCCCAAUAAAUGGCCCGUAUGCCACAUCACCGAUAACACGAACCUCUACAUUCAGGUCUUCCAGUCGAUUGUACAGGGCGAUAAUCCCGGGUACGGCAGGAAUGGCUACUAUCUCGCAUCGUCCGGCCGCGUGGCUUGGAGGGAUGUUUAUGAAGCAAUGGCGGCUGCCUUGGCCAAACGUGGUGUCAUCGACGACGCGACAGUCGUUCAAGCCGAUGAUGCAGCGCUGGAGAAAAUGGCCUCUGCUUUGGGGACAUACAAGUCAUUCGUGGGUGCGAGAACCGGCGGACUGUCUACAUAUACCGCGGAACAUGGGAAGAGGAUUGGGUGGGCGCCUCAACACCCGCCUCAGUAUAUCGUUACAGCUGCGGACGAGGAGGUGGACUUCAUACUGAAGAAUCUGAAGUAG